AUGCUUGCGCUUGCGGCCGUAAUUCUAAUCUUCCUAACUCCGCUCUACUGGAUCUACAAGCCACCAUCAUUCCUCAUCCGCCACUUCCAAUGCCGCUGGCCCGAUGUCCUUUGGCGCGUCGACACAGCGUCGAAAGUCGUGGCCCUGACGAUCGAUGACGGCCCCUCGCAGUAUACAAAUGAGAUCAUGCAGAUUCUCAAGGAAAACGACGCGACGGCGACGUUCUUUGUCAUCGGAUCACAGGUCGCGGGGCGGGAGCCGAUCCUGCAAGACUUGAUUAGAGGGGGAAACGAGCUGGGAAACCAUGCCAUGAGAGACGAGCCAUCGCGAGAUUUGAGCGAUGGAACGCUCGCAGAGCAGAUUCAUACCGUCGAAGACAUGCUACGCGACGCGUAUACUGCGGUGGAGAAGGAGCCCGCCCCCAAGUAUUUCCGGCCAGGAUCUGGGUUCUUCCACACGCGGAUGCGGAGAAUCGUGAAAGCGUUGGGAUAUCGGCUGGUCUUGGGCAGUAUUUAUCCCCACGAUCCGCAGGUCAAUAUCUGGCGUGUGAAUGCGAAUCAUAUUCUGAGCAUGCUGCGGCCGGGGGGAAUUAUUAUCUGCCAUGACCGGAGGAGUUGGACCGCGCCGAUGCUCAGGCAGGUUAUCCCUGAAAUCCGGAAGCAAGGGUAUCGAAUAGUCACAGUCACGGAACUGCUCAAGAAUGAGAAUGGCUGA